AUGCAGAAGACUAAAAGAAAAUGGGAGAAAACCACAAACUUUACUUUCUGUUCUGGGCUCUGUGAUUCUGGGAAUUGGACGCGUUGCAAGGGAAAGCUUUUCAAGUAUUGCAGUUCACCUUUGAGCCAAAAGCCAUCCUUCCGUACCCACUCGAGUAGCCAUUCGACAUUCAAUAUGAUGCCCACGACGUACAUGAUUUCCAUAUUCCUACUAUUUAGUAUCAUUAUUUCCAGCUUUUGCGUAUUGGAGGGAUUAGAUCAUCUCAAGAUGUUGAGUAAUUGUACCGGCGCACCUUUCCAUGAUAUUACGGAUCAAAAUUUGAUAUCAAGAUUAGAGUCUAGUUGGCCUGAUCUACGUGAGCGAGAUUAUAAAGGAGCACGUGACCAGAAAUUUUGGAAGCAUGAAUGGGUAGAACACGGCACAUGCUCUACUACACCCAACGAUUAUAAGGCCUACUUCAAUUUGGCUGUAGAUUUGAAGAAUAAGCACGACAUUUUACAGACACUUGGACAAAGCGGAAUUCGGCCUGCAGGACAAUUGAGAACUGUUAACAUCUCUGAAGUCCAUUCAUCCAUUGUUCGAGCUACAAGAAGACAGAUUCAGAUAAGAUGCAAGAUCAUUAACCAAAACAAGAAAAAACCUCACGUUAUGAUGUCUCCACUGUUGUAUGAGAUUAUCAUAUGUUAUGACCCUAGAGGAACUAAGUGGCACCGACCUUGUGCAAUUCCGAGUUACGAUUUGAAAGAUAUAGCCGUUUUCGUGGAGAUUGCGAAAAGCUGA